ACCAAUACUAUCCGCAUACUUUGAAAGCUGGUUCCAUGGCAACGGGAAAUUGUUUUUCAUCGAUAUUGGUGGUGAUAAGGUCAGCACCCAAUUUAUUUGGGGUUGUAAAAGGCUUUGCAAAAAAUAAAAAGUCUGCAAUAUGAGAAACUUACAGAUACAAGCGCAAACUAGCAUCAACAACAGUGCAACAUCGUCCGCAAAUAGUGAGACUCAAAGUGUAGAGGACCAUCAAUCGGUUUUGCCACCAGUCAAUCGAAGUGCUGCUCUAAUCAGAGCGAAAACUAGCUGGAAACGAAUGAAAGAUCUUGCCUCAGAGAAAGAAAAAGAAAAUGAAGCCAAGCGACCUCCUUGGCGUGCCGUUAGCGUAUCAACUCUUCCAAAACCGGAUAAGAAUGCAUUACUUCGUGCUAAAUUACUCGAUGCGUCCAGGCGUUUAAGGGCCGGCAAAUCAAAUGUGUCCGUUCAAACCGAUUUCAUUCCCGUCAAGUUGAUGAAGGAAGCCACAACAAGUGCGCAAGAUGAUUUGAUCUUACUGAGAGACAUUGGUAUAUUAACGGAUGGCCAAUAUUCGAUUAAAAAGGAUGGGUAUCAGCAAUGUAAGCUUGAAAGUGUAUUACCAAUUUACUUUACGUAGCAUUGAAAGGUUUUUUUGUGUUGCAGAUGUACUAACAUAUUCUGUGUCCCAGAUGACCGACUGCAUUAGGAAAGCAAAUGUCUCAACACAAACGCUUUUGCCAAAAGCAUUCCA